ACUAAUCGACGAAGAAGAAGUGUCACCAGCCAGAGUGAAUUGUUUCCGGUUUAAGCGGGGUCACACAGAGGGGGAGUGAAAGCUAAACGACUUUAAAAUGCUGCUCAGAAGGGCGUUACACAUCGGAGGUCUAACCCUGAAACACAGCAGGUCCAUCCACCACAGUCCUGUAUGGAGGAGUCCGCUCAUACCUAUAGUCGUGGAGCAGACGGGGAGAGGAGAGCGAGCGUAUGAUAUCUACUCUCGUUUGCUGAGGGAGAGGAUCAUCUGUGUGAUGGGUCCUAUCGACGACACUGUGGCCAGCCUGGUCAUCGCCCAGCUGCUCUUCUUACAGUCAGAGAGCAACAACAAACCCAUCCACAUGUACAUCAACAGUCCUGGCGGUGUGGUGACAGCAGGCUUGGCCAUUUACGACACCAUGCAGUACAUCCUGAAUCCCAUCUCCACCUGGUGUGUCGGUCAGGCAGCCAGUAUGGGCAGCCUGCUCCUGGCAGCGGGAACGUCAGGCAUGAGGCAUUCACUGCCCAACGCUCGCAUCAUGGUCCACCAGCCGUCAGGAGGAGCCAGGGGUCAGGCCACAGACAUCGCCAUCCAGGCUGAAGAGAUCCUGAAGCUGAAGAGACAGAUCAACACCAUCUACGCCAAACACACGGGGCAGCUGCUGGAAACCAUCGAGGGCGUGAUGGAGAGGGAUCGCUACAUGAGCCCCAUGGAGGCACAGGACUUUGGCAUCAUCGACCGGGUCCUGGUCCACCCGCCUCAGGCCGGCCAGGAUGAGCCCGAGCUGGUUCAGAAGGAGCCGGCGUCUGCAGCCAGUCCCUCCCCACAGCCAGAGUCCACAUCCCCAGAGACCGCCUCCCCAGGGACAAACCCCCCCUCCUCAUACAAACCUGAGCCCUGAACGCACCACUGUGACCCCUGACUGGUGUUCCUGAAGCUGAACCUCCACGGUGUGUUUCUUCUGUCCCAGGUGGAUUCUCUCUUCUCCCACAACAACACAAAGCGACUCUGCAGAGUCCUCAGCUGCAGGAAACAUCUGCACCGAACUCGGAAUGCAGACGUGUUUUCAUACGAGCCGAAUCCAGUGUUUGUUACAGGUUUCUAAAACACAUUUUCAGGUUCCCAUUUCUCGGAUCGAUGAAAUAAAAAGACGAAUUUAGAAUGUCAGCAGAGUUGAUCUGAUAAGAGGAAAGAGGAAGAACCUUUAAACUACAGCGCCGUGUUAAUGUGUCAUCACUGCUGCAGAAAGCGAACAGCUGAGAGGACUGUGUGACCUUUAUUUGAACUCAUAUUUUGAAUAAAUUUAAUCAUUUUGACCACACAAA